UUCAGUGUUCAGCAGCGAGCUCACGCUGUCGCAUCGGGAGCAUGCGUUGCCAGUGACUGUCAAGAUGGUAAGGAGGACCUACAUACCCAGCAUGGUGCAAGCGAUCACUGUUCUCACGGUUCUCAAGAUGCUCACCAACGCUCAGACAUCGUGUAACCAAGGUGCCGGCAGAGUGGUGUACGAGAGGCUGCCUGACCAGCAGCUCCAAGGAUUUGAUGACGAUGUUGUUAGAGACACAUCACCACCUUUCCGAGUGCUAGAGAAAUGCCAAGAGCUGUGCCUGAGAGACCGAACUGCUGCCAACAACCUCGUCAGAACUUGCACUUCCUUUGACUUCCAGCCUGGUAGCCGCAUCGCAUCUUUUAGUGGUAUAGUAGAGUAUGAGGAAUCGACUUGCUAUUUGACCCGGGAACAAGCUCAUCCUGAGGGCAUUGGAAAUCUUGUCCUGGUUCCCAACAGUGUCCAUUACACUGAGGUCUGCCUUUCCUCCAGCCGGAUAGAACGGGAAUGCCCCAACAGACACUAUGUGUUUGAGCGGCACGCCCACAAGAAACUGAAGUUGCCUGUCAACGAACUGAAGGAGGUGGUGGCCACCAACCGCACCGACUGUGAAGACAGAUGCUUGAAUGAGUUCAAUUUCGUAUGUCGAUCUGUGACUUAUGAUGCCACUGCAAGAAGUUGUUGGCUCAGUCGAUUCACAAGAAGAUCCCAUCCAGAACUACUAGAAGACGAUCCUAAUUCAGACUACUUGGAAAAUACUUGUCUAAAUGCCGAGCGACGAUGUGAUGGACCCAUUAUAUUUGUGAAGGAAGAGAACAAACGACUUGGUGGCCCUUUUGAAGUAGAUAUCUACACAAAUUUAUCACUGGUAGAGUGUCAGGCCCAGUGUCUUAGGGCAGAAAAAUACUUCUGCCGUUCUAUCGAAUAUGAUGAACAAAUCCGACGCUGCAUUGUGUUUGAGGAAGACUCAAUGUCCCAGAAAGACGACCUGAGGACCAGUAGUAGUCCCACACAUGACCUGUAUGAUCUGGUCUGCCUUGACAGUCUGUCUGAUGCAGCUAAGGGAAGCGAAUUCCCUGAGAACUCGUUGACAUCCCAUCUCUUCUCGGGUGGCCGUCGGCCGGACACUGCGUUCCAGCGUUACCGCAACAGCAGACUAGCUGGAGCAGAGUUCCACUCAGAGAUCACAGGCCGCUCACUCAGCGAGUGUCUGGAUGAAUGUCUUCGCCAAGCGAGUUUCCAAUGUCGCUCAGCCAUGUACAGUGAGCGCUUCCGCAUAUGUCGGCUAAGUCGCUUCAACCAGCGUGAUGGCAUACGAAUUAUCUACGAUGCAGAUUAUGACUACUACGAGAAUUUAAUGAAUUACUAUGGGGAUGGAAGUCUGGAAGGAGGUGGAGGGGGUAGUGGAAGUUCACAUUUCCGACCAGAUCCUCUCGGCUCAGAUACCAGUUUCCACGGUCAUGGAAGACCUCCCUAUACUCCUAUAGGUGGGGUUGGAUAUGGAGCAGCAGGGCCUGUUGGAGCCUUUGGUGGAGCAGGUGGUUCUUAUGGUGGAGGCGGCGGUGCUUACAGUGGCUCAGGUGGUUCCUAUGGUGGCUCAGGGGGUUCCUAUGGUGGUGCAGGGGGUUCUUUUGGUGGUGUAGGAUCCUAUGGUGCAAGUGGAGGAACUUUCCCUGGCUAUGGAGGAGGAGGUGCAGUAGGAGGUGGAAUAGGGGGAGGAGGGGGAGGUGUAGUAGGAGGAGGAGGAGGAGGAGGAGCUUACUCAGGUUACGGAGCAGGAGGACAUAUUCCAGGGAACUCAUUCCCAGCUGAUAGUCCAGGGUUGUGGGGGCCUCCAGGAGGAGGAGUUGUAGGCCACGGGGCUGAUUUCGGGGGUUACGGAGGAGGCUUGCCAGCUGGAGGGGUAGGAGUAGCAGGAGGAUCAGGGGGAGGCUAUGGAUAUGGUGGGGUGGCACAGGGGGCUAGCUUUGGUCAUGGUCUGGGAGGAGGAAUAGGUCCUGGGCCAUAUGGACCUUAUGGUCCUGAUAGACCUUUCACAACUAGAUGUGAUGAAGGAGACACUUACAAACAGAUCGGGGUGAGGAUGAGAGCAAGGAGGCAGUUUGUGAGGAGGUUCCUGUCAGUUCCCUCACUAGCUGUCUGUGAGCGAGCUUGUACAGAGUCUCAAGAAUUCAUUUGUCGAGCCUUCAAUUUCAGACCGUACACAGCUCCCUUUGGCCCGCCCCGGGACAACUGUGAGCUCAGUGAUCAUGAUUCCCGAGAUCUCAACCCCAGCAAUCCUGCCUUCUUUGAGACUAAUGGCGAAUUUGACUUCUAUGAGAGGUCCAGUGCAAGAUCAGGACCUGGAGGGGAAUGUCUGGAUGUGAAUCAGGUGUGUAGUGAAGAUGGGAUGGAAUUCACUCUGAGGACUCCAGAACCAUUUGUCGGAAGGAUCUACACCUAUGGAUACUAUGACAGAUGUUUCUAUCGAGGCAAUGGAGGCACAGUGAAUGUUCUAAGGAUCAGUGGAGCUCAAGGAUAUCCGGACUGUGGCACUCAAAGGUAUGGUGACACAAUGACGAACAUCGUAGUGGUGCAGUUCAGUGACUAUGUACAGACAGGCAGAGACAAACGUUACAACCUGACUUGUCUAUUCAGAGGACCAGGAGAGGCUGUUGUCACAUCCAGCUAUAUGACGGCCAAUUCUGGGAGCCCAAUUCCAAUCGAGUAUUUGCCCGCUGAAAAUUCACUGAGUUCUAGAGUGCGGCUGUACAUCCUAUUCCAAGACAGACCCACUAACACUAUAGCAGUAGGAGAUCCUCUCACAUUCCGCCUAGAGUCCCAGGAGGGCUACAACUAUGUCACUGACAUCUUCGCAACUAAUGUAAUUGCUCGGGACCCCUACUCUGGCCGUUCUGUUCAACUCAUCGACAGAUUUGGAUGUCCAGUGGACAACUAUGUGUUCCCCGGCCUUGACAGAGCUCGUGAAGGCAAUGGUUUAGAGGCAAGAUUCAAUGCUUUUAAAAUCCCAGAAUCAAACUUUCUGGUGUUUGAGGCUACUGUGAAGACUUGUCGAGAGGGUUGUCAGCCGGCUUACUGCACGGCUCCUUCAGGAAAGAAUGAACCAUCACUGGGCCGCAGACGAAGGGAGGUUGAGAGUGAGCCUGUUGCAGACGCUUUGGAAGAGAUAAAAUCAGACAACUCUACAGAAGAGGAGGAACAAGUCAGGGAAAUGAUAGAAGUAUUUGAAUCACGUUAUGAGAUGCCACAACAAGAACGACUGGCCGAGACAGCAAGACUAUUGAUGCAAAGUGUUUGUUUGACUACAAGGGAAUACUACGGAUUGGUCUUAACUCUCAUAUUUCUAUUUAUUCUCCUCAUUGCAUCUGUCACAACAACUGCAUUUUAUUACAAACGAUACUGGACAAUAUCAAAGAAGAACAAGCUAGCCAACAGUACUAGCCAUCUCCACGAAGAUGGUUCCACUGGAAGACAGAGCAUCUUCUCUCUUCUCAAUCCAUCUCCUCAGAAAAAUUUCUUCAGUCUCAGAAGCAGAUGUGUGGUAGAACCUCCACCCCAGCCCUCAGAUUCUGCCUUGCCUGGUAUCUCCUCCAUUCUGAGCAGCAAAAUGUUUGAAGACCCUAGUGAGCCGAUCUAUACAGAUCCCAGCUUGUUUGAGCGUUCACGCAGUCUGCGAAGCAUUGCGCUCUCACAGAACGGUCACACACUCCCCAAAGACGACACCAACUUGUGCUGA